AUGCCGGGGAUGUGGGAUUGCCACAUUCACUUCCUGGGUGCCACAGCAGCAACAAUGAACGCGAUCGUCGACACGCCACAAGCUCUGGCGGCUGCUCGGAGUGUGCCAGAUCUGCACGCCACCGUUAUGGCCGGAUUCACUUCAGUGCGUGAGGUCGGGGGCUAUGGGUGUGAUCUCGCAAAGGUCGUAGCGGAGGGACGAAUCCCUGGUCCUAAUAUCUACUCCAGCCACUCUGCCAUAAGCAUGACUGCGGGACACGGUGAUGUCCACGGCGUCCAUAGGGACUCGCUGCUUGAUCUGUGCGCCCACGGCUUACCUUUGACAAUUGCUGAUGGCGUACCUGAAUGCCUACUUGCUGUACGAAAGCAGUUGCGCCGGGGUGCCAAGGUCAUAAAGGUCUGUGCUAGUGGAGGUGUCGUGAGUGCCAUUGACGACCCGCAGCACCAGGAAUUCUCUUUCGAGGAACUGAAAGCUAUUGUCGACGAAGCGGCGCGGGCACGCCGGGUUGUCGCUGCUCACUGCCAUGGCAAAGCGGGUAUUAUGAACGCGUUGCGCGCCGGAUGUCGCACGAUUGAGCAUGGCAGCUUCCUAGAUGAAGAAGCCGUUGAGCUGAUGAAGGAGAAGGGAGCAAUUCUAGUUGCCACCCGCAGUGUCAUUGAGAGCGGUCUGGCAAUGAAGGAUCUUUUUACCCCGUCAUCCUAUCAGAAGCUCCUCGAAGUAGCUGAUGCACAUAAGAAGGCGUACCAACUUGCUGUUUCAAGAGGUGUCACGAUAGCCCUUGGCACUGAUCAGUUUAUCAGCUCGGAUAGCCCGGUGAUAGGCUACGGUCGCAAUGGCCAUGAAGUGAGGUAUGCGGUAGACGCUGGUUUAACUCCGCUGGCGGCCAUUGAAGCUGCCACGGCCAAUGGGCCCCUUACGUUAGGUUACCAAGCACCAUUGAGCGGUCAACUAAGGGAGGGAUUUGAUGCGGACAUCAUUGCAGUGAAGGAGAGCCCACUGGACAAUGUCGCGAUUUUGUCCAGCUCAAAGAAUGUAACACAUGUUUGGCGUGGGGGAAUGCUGAUUAAAUCAUGA